AUGUUAUUCGACAAUCUUCAAGGUCGGGCGCUUACUGCUGGUAUCACCAUCACCAGCGGUAUUGGUUUCACUCUCUUUGGAUGGGACCAAGGCAUGUUCGGAGGUAUCCUCUCCAACCCUGCCUUCAACAAACAGUUCAAUAACCCCAAUGCCACGAUUCAGGGACAAAUUGUCUCAACAUAUGACAUUGGAUGCAUCCUCGGCGCAGCUCUGUCAAUAUUCGUCGGAGAUCGGCUAGGCCGUCGCAUGUCCAUCGUCAUGGCCUGCUGCUUCGUCUUUGUUGGAGGUCUUCUGCAGGGCACAUCGUUCGGCCUGCCACAUAUGAUCGUAGGACGCAUCAUCGCAGGGUUUGGAAUCGGUCAAAACUCAGCAACCAUUCCAAUGUGGCAAUCUGAGACGUCAAAACCGGAACAUCGCGGCAAACUCAUUGCCCUGCAACUGGUCAUAGUCAUCUUCGGUAUCACCAUCACCCAAUUCGUCAACCUUGGCUUCACCUACGUCCCCGAUAACCAGGUUGCUUUCCGCUUUCCGCUUUCCUUCCAAUGCUUCUUGGCAUUGACUACCAUGGUCCUGGUCCUCUUGAUGCCCGAAUCUCCCCGCUGGCUGUGCUACGUUGACAGACAUGUCGAGGCCGGAAAAGUCAUCGCACGCCUGCAAGCCGUGCCUGAAGAUUCAAUGAGCGUCAAAGAGGAACUCCAGAUCAUCAUUGACACCAUCUCCGAAGAGAAGGCCAGCGGCAAAGUCGGCUGGCGCGAAUGCUUCUCGAACGGCGAGCAACAAAACUUCCGGCGUCUAUGUCUCGGUGCAGGAACAUCUCUAUUUCAGCAAAUGGGUGGCAUUAAUAUCGUCGUCUAUUACCUGCCAGUCAUCUUGAUCAAGUCGUUCGGGUUUAGUGGCCGUAUGGCUCUUGUGCUCACCGCUGUUGAUUUUAUCUCCCUGUGCUUUUGGGGGUUGAUGAUAUUCUUUGUCAUUGAUCGUAUCGGUCGCAAGAAGCUGAUGUUGUAUGGUGCCGUGGGUAUGAGUUUGAGUUUUGCUCUUGCUGCUGUCGGUCUGGGUAUCGGCACCAAGGCUUCAAACGGAAUGGCGGUGGCUUUCAUUUUCGUGUAUAACGUGUGUUUCGGCUUGUCUUUCCUGUCGAUUCCAUUCAUGUACCCAUCAGAAAUUAACAACCAACGCAUGCGCAAUACGGGCAACGCAGUUGCCAUGAUCACGAACUGGGUGUUCGUCUAUGUGAUUGUGCUCAUCACCCCCAUCGCAAUUGCCAACAUCCAGUGGCGCUUCUAUAUCAUUCCUGCUGCUCUCAACUUGUCCUGGGUCCCUUUCAUUUGGUACUUCUACGUCGAGACUGCUGGUUUGUCCCUGGAGGAGGUCGACCUGGCUUUCAAGAUUGAGUAUCAUUCAAAUCCUAAGAUCUCAUUUGACGAAUCUCGACGUCUGGCCAAAAUGCAAAGCCGUGAGCGAAGACAAUCCUUUGAAGAGAAGGAGGGGAUUGCUGUGACUAAAGAGAGCAUUUGA